AUGGCGAAGAACGUCAAAGAGCGCAAGAAGGUCGGACAAUUGUUGGAAAUCGAGAAAUCGAUUCAACAAUUGUGGGACGACGAGAAAGCUUUCGAGCAAGAUGCGGCGACUGAUAAUCAGCCAAAAUAUCUUGUAACGUUUCCAUAUCCUUAUAUGAACGGUCGUUUGCAUUUGGGCCACACUUUUACCGCUUCCAAAUGCGAGUUUGCCGCGGGAUUCCAGCGAUUGAAAGGGAAAAAGGUGCUUUUCCCAUUCGGCUUCCAUUGCACCGGAAUGCCUAUUAAAGCUUGUGCUGACAAGCUAAAAAGAGAAAUCGAAGACUUCGGAUUCCCUCCAAACUUCCCCGAAGAUGUUGAGGAAGUAAAGGAGGAAGUCUCAGCCCUUGACGAAAUAACAAAGGAUAAAAGCAAAGGAAAAAAGAGCAAAGCUGCUGCGAAAGCCGGCAAUGCCAAAUACCAAUGGCAGAUUAUGCAAUCUUUGGGUCUGUCCGACGAUGAGAUUCGCAAAUUUGCCGAUCCAUUGCACUGGCUUUACUAUUUCCCGCCACACUGCAUCGCAGAUUUGAAAAAAAUGGGAAUCAAGGUGGAUUGGAGGCGAUCUUUCAUCACCACCGACGUGAAUCCCUAUUAUGACUCAUUUAUUCGAUGGCAAUUCAAUCAAUUGAGAGCUUUGAAAAAAAUCGACUUUGGAAAACGAUACACUAUUUAUUCACCAAAAGACGGCCAACCAUGUAUGGACCAUGAUCGCGCCAGUGGUGAAGGAGUGGGUCCACAGGAGUACACUUUAAUCAAGCUCAGGGUCCUUGAGCCGAAGCCAAAAGCCAUUGCGAAGAUUAAAGAGCCUGUUUUCCUUGUUGCCGCGACAUUGCGACCGGAGACCAUGUACGGACAGACCAAUUGCUACUUGCAUCCGGACAUCAAGUACUCUGUGUUCUACGCCACUGAAAACGAAGAUCAAGUGUUCGUUGCCACUGCGAGAGCCGCGAGGAUCAUGUCCUACCAAGGGCUCACCAAAGAGAACGGAAAAGUUCGCUAUGUGCCGGGUCUCGAGAAGAUUCUGGGCAGUGAGCUCAUCGGAGCACCUUUGGCCGCUCCGCUCGCCAAAUACGAACGAGUUUACGCUCUUCCAAUGCUCACUAUCAAGGAUGAUAAAGGAACUGGAGUGGUGACUUCGGUGCCGUCUGAUUCUCCAGAUGACUUUGCAGCUCUGACGGAUUUAAAGAAGAAGAAGCCAUUGAGAGAGAAGUACAAUCUCACUGAUGAGAUGGUUUUGCCAUUCGAACCUGUGCCGAUCAUUGAUAUUGAGGGGCUCGGAAACCUCGCCGCCGUUGAAAUGUGCAAACGGCUCAAAAUUGAAUCGCAGAAUGAGAAGGAUAAGCUGGAAGAAGCGAAAAAAGAAGUCUAUUUGAAAGGAUUCUAUGACGGAGUUAUGAUUGUUGGAAAAUACGCUGGGCAGAAGACUGCUGAUGUAAAGAAGGUCAUCCAGGAAGAUUUGAUUGCGGAGGGUCUUGCCACGAAAUAUGUGGAGCCGGAAAAGAAGGUGGUCAGCAGAAGCGGAGAUGAAUGUGUGGUUGCUUUGUGCGAUCAAUGGUAUUUGAAUUACGGUGAUAAUGAAUGGAAAGAAGCGGCGAAGAAAGUCUUGGCUAAAGUCAAUACUUAUAACGAUGAGACUCGUCGCGCGUUUGAGUUCACAAUUGGAUGGCUUCAUGAGCACGCGUGCUCUAGAAGUUAUGGUCUCGGAACGAAAUUGCCGUGGGAUCCACAAUAUCUCAUAGAAUCUCUCUCGGAUUCUACGAUUUACAAUGCUUAUUACACGGUUGCCCAUCUAUUGCAACAUGGAGCACUUGAUGGAAGCGUUGUGGGACCCGCUGGAAUCAAGGCUGAACAGAUGACCGAUGGCGUAUGGAACUACAUUUUCCUUGGAGAAAUUUAUGAUUCGAAGACGAUGCCCGUGGAAGAAGAGAAACUUCAGAGAUUAAGAAAGGAGUUCAUUUAUUGGUAUCCGAUUGAUAUGCGAGCUUCUGGAAAGGAUCUCAUCCAGAAUCAUUUGACUUAUCUGAUCUACAAUCAUGUUGCAAUUUGGCCGAAUGAUGAAACAAAAUGGCCGAAAUCGAUUCGCGCCAACGGCCAUCUUCUUCUGAACAAUGAGAAGAUGUCGAAAUCGACGGGAAACUUUAUGACACUGGACGAGGCUAUUGAGAGAUUCUCGGCGGAUGGUAUGAGAUUGUCGCUGGCGGAUGCUGGAGAUGGACUCGAGGAUGCCAAUUUUGUUUAUAGUAUGACCGAUGCGGCAAUAUUGCGACUCUAUAAUCUUAUUGAAUGGGUCAAGGAGGUUGUCGAGCUUAGAAACUCGGGAGGAUUGAGAAAAGAUUCGUCCCGAUUCGCUGAUCGCGUGUUCGCGAAUGAGAUGAAUGUGCUGAUACAGGCGACUGAGAAGCAUUACGAAGCGACGAAUUUCAAGGACGCGGUUCGCACGGGCUUCUUCGAGUAUCAGGCGAUUCGCGACACCUAUCGUGAGCUCGUCGGAGGUUCGGAAUCCAAUAUGAGCGAGCCGCUGGUGAUGCGCUUCAUUGAGACGCAACUUGUGAUUCUGUCGCCGAUUUGUCCGCACAUCGCCGAACACGUUUGGCAGUUGUUGAAGAUGGAUGGAUUGAUUGUGAAUGCGCCGUGGCCGACCACCGAGCCGGUUGAUGAGCAGCUUGUGCUGGCCGCGACUUUCAUGCGAGACGCGAUCGCGGAAUUCCGCGCGAGACUCAAAGCGUAUUUGAUGCCGAAGAAAAAGAGCAAGGAGGUUCCGGAAGUGCCAACUGAGGGAAUCAUAUACGUCGCUAAAGAAUAUCCGCCAUGGCAGAAGACAAUUUUAAAUAUUUUGGAGGCACAAGCCAAGGCGAGUAAUAACGAAUUACCGGAUAAUAAGUCGAUCAGUGUCCUCAUCGCAAAAGAGGAAUCGCUGAAGAAAUUCAUGAAAAAAGCGAUGCCAUUUGUGCAAAUGGUCAAGGAGAAUUAUGCGGCGAAGGGAGCAUCGGCGUUAGUGUCGAACAGCGCGAUUGAUCAGGAAGCGAUAUUGAGAGAAAAUCUCGACUAUAUUCUGAAUUCACUGGAUUUGGAUCGCGUUUCGAUUCGACACACUGACGAACAAGGAGUUGAUGCGAAUAUUGUUGAGACGACUGUUCCACAGGCGCCGAUUAUGCAAUUUUUGCCGAAUCGGGAAUCAGUCGCGGUGAUCGCGAGAAACGUGAAUGUGUGCAAUGGUUUGUUCGAUGUCCCGUUGCCGAUUGUGGAUGGGGAUACGGUGGCGAUGUUGGUUCGCAAAAUGCGAAGAUUCAACAAGGCGGUCAAGCCGAAAUUCGAGGUUUCGUUCUGGAGAUACAAAGAUCCGGUUUGGGGUGAUCGUCAAAUGAUUUCAAAUCAGAAUCCAUUGGAAUUGAACGAAAAGCUCGCUGAAAAUGAUGUUUUCCAUCUCCAAGAUAAUAAGAUUACGGUAACUACCGUAUCCGAUGGAAAGACUUAUGAUAUUGGAUCAACGAUUGUCUAUGUGGCCGCAAUUCCCCAAUAA